AUGUUUAAUCUUACACCGUACUCACCAAAAGUCAUAUUCAAAAAGGGCACAGAAAUACCCUUAGCUGACUUUCUUAGUCGAGAUUGCGACGCAUCUAACCUGAAAUAUGAACAAGAAGAAGACUUAAAAGUUGCUGUUAUACUACCUAUGUCAUUAGAUGCCAAAGAAGAAUUAAUUGUUGCAACAAAAGAAGAUACACACCUACAAUUACUUUUGAAGACAAUAAUACAAGGAUUUCCAGAAAAUGUCAACAACCUUCCAACAGAAUUACAACAUUAUUUUAAUUUUAAAGAAGAACUAAGCUAUUACAAAGGGAUAAUUUUCAAAGGUGAUAAAAUUGUAGUACCAAAAUCACAAAUACCUAAAAUGUUAAAGAGUAUUCAUCAAGGACAUCUAGGAAUACAAAGCUGCUUAAGAAGAGCCCGACAAUUUCUAUACUGGAAAGGACAAUAUGCAGACAUUAUAAAACUGGUAAAAGGUUGCUCUGUAUGUGAACAAACACAAAGAGAUAAUGUUAAAGAUAUAGUGCUAGUGAAAAAGAUUCCUACACUUCCUUGGCAAAUUGUUGCAUCAGAUCUAUUCGAAUUUAAAGGUAAAACCUACCUAGUAAUAUGUGACAGCUACUCUGGCUUUCUAGAUUUUCAACACCUGAAAAGUCAGUCAUCAUAUGAAGUAAUUGAACAACUUAAAAAAUGGUUUGCUGUCCAUGGUGUACCAGAAGAGCUACAAACUGAUAAUGGAACUCAAUACAUGUCCACUGAAUUCAGAACAUUCCAAAAACAGUGGCGAUUCAACCAUGUCACGUCUAGUCCACAUCACCAUCAAGGCAACGGACUUGCAGAAAAAGCAGUUCAAACAGCAAAGAAUAUUCUGAGAAAAUGCAGUAUUGACAAUUCAGAUAUACAACUGGCUCUACUGAACUGGAGAAAUACCCCAAGAAAUGAGACAUUAGGUUCACCCAACCAACGCAUUUUCAGUAGAAUCACCAGAUCUCCAAUACCUACUAUUGACAAAAACUUAAAGCCCAAAUUAAUACAAGGAGUCACAGCUGAACUACAAAGAUUGAGAGAGAAACAAAGUAACUACAGUAACAAACAUACUAAAACACCAGAAAAAUUGGAAGUCAACGAUAAAGUCAGACACAGAGUUGCUCAUCGACAUUGGGAAGGAGCAAAAGUGAUAGAAAAACCUCAUGAUUUACCAAG